UUUUUUUUGGUAGAAUCAGAAGCUGUAUUUAGGUGUGAAAUCAUUCGAUGGAGACGCCAACAGAAUCUGGGUAUCACUUGAUCUCUGCUCUGGAGCUUCCUACAGAUGGCGGGAAUCGCUGUUGCUCGCUCUGGUCUGUUUCAUGCAAAUGCUAGCAAAUCAAAGCCAUUGGCCGCAAAUACUCCCCAAUUGCGUAAAGAAUUCACGCCACCUCCCCCGGCAUUUAUUUCCUUGAAUCAGCGGCGACACGAAGUACUUCCGUCCCAGUCUCUUCAAACUAGUUGGAUUAGGUGUUAUGAUACAAGUAAGGCAGCUUCUGCUAAAUCUGAAGAAAAUGCAAAACUUGCGUACUUUGGCAGAGAUACAAUUGCCCAUGCUGCUGCUAAGACCGCUCCUGCUGUCGCUCGUCUAUGUGCUCCAAAUCGAGGGCAAAAUGUUGACGGGGAGAUAGGUUCUGGAACUGCGAUUCAUAAGGAUGGCUACAUUUUAACAUGUGCUCAUGUUGUCUUCGACAAAACGAACAUGGUAUAUUCAGCCGAUGGGCAGGUUCUCGUACGUUUGCAAGAAGCCAAGAAAGAUGUUGUAGGCCAAGUUGUUGAUGCUUACGUGGAUCUUGAUAUUGCCAUUGUAAAGACUGAAAAACCAACUUCUCCCCUUUCAACAGCAAAAGUUGGCUCAUCUAGUAAGCUUCGUCCUGGAGACUGGGCAAUAGCCAUGGGCUGUCCACUUUCCCUUCAACACACUGUAACGCUUGGGAUUAUCAGCUGUGUUCAUCGCGCGGGCAAUGAGUUGGGACUUGAAGGAAUGAUGGAGUAUCUACAAACAGAUUGUGCAAUCAAUCCAGGAAACUCUGGGGGUCCUCUUUGCAAUGUUGAUGGAGAAGUAAUUGGUGUCAAUGUUGAGAAUGUGAAGCCGGACAUAGCAUCUGGAGUGAGCUUUGCUGUACCGGUUGAUCUUAUUUCAGCUAUCAUAAAGCCCUUCCAGAAUUUUCAUAGGCUUGUACGGCCGGAUUUCGGAUGGAUUGUGCGGAACAUCAGUGGGGAGAACUUCGAAGCACUUAAACAAAGUUACCCCACAUUUCCUAAUGCUAAAGAUGGCGUCUUUGUACAAAAGGUAUUUAAAGGAUCCCCUGCUGAUCAUGCGGGCAUUCGAACCGGUGAUGUUAUUGUGGGAUUUAACGGGAAACAAGUUCGGAACAUCAAAGAGAUGAUGGACGCUAGAGGGGAGAGAUAUGGGGAAUCUGUCAUAGUAAAUGUGAAGAGAGCCAGGGAUGCUCCGGUUCCUCUGGCCAUAACUUUCAAGGAGAAAGAUGUCGCUUAGAUGUGUGGGAAAUCCGAGGCCUCCGCUUUGAUCAAAGCACAGUGGUUUGCAGUACAAUAAAAGUCCAAGUGAUCUGUUACCUUGGAUCCUUUAUUUCAUGAGAGGACCGUAAUGUGUAUAUAUCAUGUCAUGAACAACCUCGAUCUCCUGGUAGAGUAAAAUGUGAAUAUUUUGUUUGCAAGUGAUCCAGCAC